UUUUCAUCAUAAACAAAUUCUUUGAAUUUGAAAAAGGAUUUUUUACGUAAUAUAAAAUCGUUUUAGUCCUUAUUAGUUUUUUUUCACUAAUGAAGUCAAUUUAGUAAGUUUUUAGAAUGACAAAAAUAGUUAAGCUUUAAAUCUGAUUUAAAUUACGGGAAAGUAUCAAAAAUAAAUAUCUUCAAACACGGAAGUUCAAAACUGUGGGAUAUCCUAUUAUGUUUGUGUCUAAACGCAUAUACAAAUGUAACAUCCGAAAUAAUCCAUCUUAAACCCUUAAAUUUCUUCCUUUAUCUCUUCUCAGUGUUUAACCCACCCUCGCAUACCUUUCUAAGUAUACCUACGCUUUAUUCGAAGAGACAGGUAAAGUCAUUUUUAAAUUGAACUCAUUAUUUAUAAUGAUUUAUACUUGAAUAUUUUCUCUAAGAGACCUACCGAUCCCUUUUAUACAUUUCGCAGUCAAAUUAUAUUCAUUAGAUUGGUAAAAAUGCUAUUAAAUAUUCUGUCAACUUUGUGUUCCGCUCGCAACACCCAUCAAUGGUAAUAUUUUUACAGCAUUGGGGGGGAAAUCCUUUGAAAUUCAUGUAUCUCUAAUUCUUUUUAUUUUCACUUUGGCUUCCCAUUCUUCUCUGUGGGGACCUUCAAAAAGCGCGCGAUAUCAAUCAAAUUUGGGCAACCCCUGCCACCACAGCCUUGCGGAGAGAGGUUUUCAUUCACAGAAGAAGUAAAAAAAAAAGCUGCUCCCACCAAGCAAAAGGACCAGACAUUUGUCGGAGAUGAUUUUGAUCCUACAAAUUUUACAUGAUGAUGACUCUGCAUGAUGUGAGAAAGAAGGAUAGAAAAUGCGUUGAGGCAAACCCAUUUAGGAGGGGUUGGAUGGGGGUUGAAAUGUUGAGUAAAAGAUUGCCAACAAUUCUGCUAUAAACAGGAGCGAUUGCCGACAAUUUUUUUUUCGUGUUGAAUAUCAAUUCAUGGGCGGAGAGAGGUCCGAGGGGUGGAUGAACAAGGGAUAUAUGGGGCGAAUGAUUUGGGGGAUGGACGGAGAAAUUCAAAUAUGAUUUAUUUUUUUCUUCUUCAUGGGAAUUUUAAUCAUGAAAAUCACUCCUAAUGAAAUUCAAGCCCCAAAUCGACAUUAUGAUCAUUUUCAGAAAAUUUCUACAACACAGCAUUGUGUUUCAAAUUACAUGAGAAUUACUUAAGUAUAGCUUGAGGAAAUAAAAUUAUGUUGUCUUCCUUCUUUGCAGAUCCCAUUUAUUUAAACACACCACCCCGCAUGAAAAAUGCCUACCUAUUUCAUCAUCAUUGGGAAAAAGGGAAAUUUGUAUAUUUCGCGAUAAAAAUGAAAUAAACAUUUUACAGGGAAAGAUGGAAUAAUAUUGGGAAAUGCCGAGUGAGAGGGUGUUUGGGGUGAAAAUUCGAAAAACUUGUGUAUAAGAUGAAAAGGAAAGGGUGUGAAAAAGUAUGCAGGAAAAGGAAGGGAGUAACAUGAUUUUGUAUAUUUCCUCUUCAGUGAUUUCCUCCCGUUUGUCAUGCCAAAAGGAUCACCUUCCAUAACACCCCCACACCCCAUACAUUCAUCCUUCCGCUCGAUUUGUCCGCUUAAAAUCAAACCCCACGGUAAUUUUCAUUUCCGCCCCACCAUAUGAAUGGGAAUUGAUUUUGCCGAGAUUGCCAGAGACGAUGUCAAUAUGUGUAUUAUAUAUACACAGGGAGGCACUCAACAAAGUCAGAAGCUUUUUUCCUAUACCCCCUCACCUCAUAUACUGCCUGCCUGCCUGCUAAUACACCAAUAGCGAUUGUUGAUGCCGCUCAGAGUUCUUAUUGAGUUGAGUUCCCCAUCAUUUCUAUCUGAUUUAUUAUAUUUCGACUCCUUCAAAUUCCACUCACUCACCUUCCUAUACAACAAUAUGCCUUCUUCUUCUGUUUUCUCUCCUUCCAAAUGAUAAAAGAUUUGACUCUUUUCUCGGUCAAACUACAUUUAGGAUUUCUCAUGGUCAAUAUUGGAAAGGAUAUACCACAAAUGAAAUACAGCUAGAAUGGCGAUGCUACCCUUUGAUAUGUCAGGAUGAGUUGAGAAAAACAUGUGAGGAUUUCCAAUUACAUUUCACCACACACCACCAUCAUUUCCAAAGAAAUCAUUAUAUUAUACUGCCAUCCAAGAGAUAUUUAUUAGAAAAUUCCUGUAGUGCAGGAUAAAUGAAGCUAUUGCAACUUAAUGCUAAAAUACGCAGAGAUUUUCUUGGAAAUAAUUUACAACAUUGUUGGCUAUGUACCUACGUGUAUGUAGUACGUUCAUAUGAAAAUUAUGUUAAAUUCAUUGAACCCACAUCAUGUUGGCAAAAAAACGAUGUUUUCUUUGAAUCAACUUGCUGUGGAAUGUAAUGAGCUUCCAUUCUACCUAUAAACUAUAAAUAUUGAAAAUAUCUUUUAUCUAAUUAAUUUAAAGUAAUUGCAUCCUUAAGUACCAUUAAAUUUUUAAAUUUCUAUAAAAUAACCCUUUUUAUAAAACCAAAGAAAAUCUGAUUUUAGGCAUUUUGAAACUGUUUAAAAAAAAUAAAAUUUUAAAAAGUAAAAAAAUUUUUUUUUGAUAACAAAAUAUCUUUGUAAUUUAGUUGGCCUGACCAGAGAAAUUCGUUUUUAUAUCAUUACAUUCAAAACGACAGUGAGGCAUUUCACAUCAGCAUGCGCAUGAAAUGUGUGGAACAAAUAAGGGGAAUGAGAGAAUGAAAGAGCGAAAUGAUAAAAAUAGAAAUGAGUUGGGAAUGUCAUAUAUACCUUGGUGUACUGACCUAGUUAUCUCCCAGCAGUUUCUUGGAUUACACAAACCCUCAUCCUCGUGCUCCCAUGUCACACGAAAUCAUACCUAUUCCACCUCCUGUGCCGAAUUUUUCUCCUGUUGCCUUCCACACAAGACAAAAUCCCACCUCAGGGUGUACUGUGGAUUUCCAGGAGUGCCUCUGGGCGUCUCAAUACCCGGAAGUGCAGAAAUCCUGUUUUUUGGCGCGCGUUUGUGAACACAGACCACCGAAGAAAUGUUUCUUUCAUCGGGUGGAGUCAAUCCUGCAGGAAGGGCCAACAUGUGGUUUUGUAACAAUCAGCAUGUACCUGGGAGGCCUCCCUACACCCGAUGAGCUCUUCCAGGAAGCUAAACGUCGGGGUUUUACUGCCAUGGGAGAAAUGUUCAGUGCUGGCAACCUCAUGGAAAUCCUCCUGGAUCAACCAGCUUUCUCAGGGAGGUGCCACCUGUUUGAGGGUGAUCUGAAUUGUGAUGAAAUCCGGAAUGCUCUUCAGUCGGAAGCAUGCCUGAUUGUGCCCUAUGACUCCGACGUCAACCAUACACCCUGUCUCAGAAGUGGACAUAAAGCCCAUUGGGCACUUGUCAUUGGAUAUUUAAUUGACGAAAAGGAUGAGUUUUAUGUGAUAGCACGCCAAGGAAAAUCCCGUCUCUUGGGCGUUUGGUCCCUGUCUUCAUUGGCAGAAAGCAACGGGAACCUCACGGAGUUCAGUCAACCUAAGCAGCAUCAAGGAAAGGACUUUAUGCUGCCUGAAGGUGGCAUCGCCGGUCCACAGGGUCUCUGUCAUCGAGCUAUUAUAAUCCAUGGAGGCUUCCAGGGAAAUCAGUUUCGCUUCUCAAACCAAUAGAUUACCAAGAAUCUGUGAAAAGUUGUUAUGAAACUUUGUUAAAAAAUCAAAUUUUUAUAUGUUGUUAUUUAUUGAAAUAAAAAGAAAUAAUAAAUAUUAAUAAAUAAAAGAAGCAGA